CUGUUUCUCUUCAGGGGGUCGUUUGCUACUAUACUAUACCUUUCCAGAGAAGACCACAGCCACUUAACCAUACUAAAUGGUGGUCAACCAGAUGGACGGACAUAUUCAGUAUUUGAAUUCAACGAAAAACUUGUACCGAUAAUGAACUCGAUAUUCGAUGACAUACUCGUCAAUCAAUGUAAGACAAUCCUCUACUACAAACUAUCCGAAAAUGCCGCUUUCCGGGCCUACAUCGAUCACGCAAGGAAUCUACAGACCAUACGACUCAAAGAGGCUUCGCCUGACGAGAAACUCGCAUUGUUCAUCAAUAUCUACAAUAUGAUGACGAUCCACACUACCUACUUGCAAGGACCACCUCGGAGUAUUUGGGACAGACGAAAACUCAUGAAUUGUACAUAUUAUCUGAUCGAUGACCACAAAUACGCUCCGCACUCAAUAUUAGAUGGAAUUCUGCGUUCGAACCGCAAAGGACUCGAAAUGUUAUGGAAACCUUUUGGAAAGAAAGAUGCGCGGCUGUCCCUGAUUUUGCCAUAUUGUGAGCCACUCAUACACUUUGCGUUAAACAACGGUACCCGCUCAACACAUUCAUCAGAACUGCGUGAGAUUGCAUGCGAUGCUUUUGAAGCAGAUAAACAUGUGCGAGUGGACAUGUGCCGAAAGAAACUGUAUCUCAGCAAGCUAUUCCAAUGGUAUGCGAUGGAUUUUGGUUGUACUACAACGAAGAUAAUCGAAUGGAUACUAUGGGUAAUGGAAGGGUCCGACACAGAGAAGAGAAAAAACAUCGUAAUGCUGUAUCGCAGCGGACACUAUGAAGUGGACUAUAUACCCUAUGAUUGGUCAUUUAAUGGGAAAAUGAAAGAAUGA